AGGGUGAUGCCGUUAUCAAUGGAACAAAAUGUACCAAGUGGAGUUACAACGUGACCAUAUUUGAACGCAACAACUCGUACUUGUUUUAUGCAACGAAGACCGACCCACCCAAACCUGUGUACUUCGAAAUGAACGGCUACGAUACACUGCUUGUGUCGUACUACGACAAGUAUACGAUUCAUUAUCACAGCUUUGAAGAGUGGGAUUAUGAUCCGGAUGAUGACCCGGAUGUCUUUGAGAUUCCUCAUCUGCACCAUGACAAGUGGUGCUGGAACAUUGACAAGAGGUCACGUGACAGUGAUGGUGCCUCUAUGUCCCUGAACCCCAUGGGAGAGUUCGCUAUGCUCCACCAUGUGGAGGACCCUGUGGAUAAAGACUUUCAUAAUUUCCGUAAGAAACACAAGAGAGAUUACAAGGACAAACUUGAGCAUCAACAAAGGAAACACAUAUUUAGACACAAUUUAAGAUAUAUUCGUUCAAUGAACAUGAAAGGCAACUCGUAUCAUUUAACUGUGAAUCACUUUGCUGACCUGACAAAUGAAGAAUUUGAUAAUCACAAAGGCCUCAUGCCGGGUGAUGGAGGCUACGGAUCACGUGACUUUGAUGACGCCUAUGACGACCAAGUGUAUGAUGACGAUGCCGUUGAACGGCGGGAAAAAAUUAAGAAGAAGAAAAGUAGAUACGGUCAUGUUCCUGUUGAACUGGACUGGAGGAAAUAUGGCGCUGUUCUUCCUCCAAAAGGCCAAGGAACGUGUGGCUCUUGUUGGGCUUUUGCUGCAGCUGGUGCAGUGGAAGGUGCCAAUUAUAUUCAGACUGGUAAAUUGAUUGAUGUGUCAGAGCAGCAGCUCCUGGACUGCACCUGGGCUACACCUGGUGCCACCCAUGGCAAUAAUGGUUGUCUUGGAGGCUGGACAUGGAAGGCGUUCUCUUGGAUCAAGAAGUUUGGCAUUGCCACAGCAGACAGUUAUGGAGCAUACCGGGGACAGGAAGGGUACUGUAAAACUGAGGGACUGAAAGUUGGAGCUAGAAUUCACAGUUAUAGGAGAGUCAAACGCUACAACAAGGAAGCGCUUAAGAAAGCUUUGGCUUACCAUGGCCCAGCCACCAUUUCUAUCAAUGCAAAUCCGAAAACUUUAAAAUUCUACAGUCGUGGCGUCUUAGACGAUAUCACAUGUAAUAAUAAAACCGACCAUGCCGUGUUAUUGGUCGGAUAUGGCACCGAAAACGGGGUUCCUUAUUGGCUGAUUAAAAACUCUUGGUCCCAUAACUGGGGAGAUAAUGGAUUUAUCAAAAUCAGACAUGGACUUUGUGGAGUAGAAAAGAGACCUUUUGUUGUGUUGAACAAGGGACAAAGGCCUUUACCGUGGAAACUCGAAGAAAAGGCUAACAAAGAGAAAGAAACAUUACUAAAGAAAAAGUUACGAGAGCAAAUGAUGGCUAACGCAGCUAAAUACAACACAAAAGAUGAUUAUAAAAUUGUUCGAAAAGACGCAAUAGAAGAUCCUGACUUCAGGGAUAUAGAAGAUGACGAAUAUUUGGACGAUGUGGACCUCUGGUGACGUUAACACAGCGAAUCAGGAAGGCUCUUGCCGUAGGAUUGUUUAUUUCCAGCUCUGCUUCCGCAAAAAGCCAACUUCUUCUUUUAGAUGUACACAGAUGCUUCUCGUUAUUGAUAGCUGCGGCACAUGUAUUAUUGCUAUAGAUACCUGUACAUUGCUUCCGACGUUCUUUCUCGUAGAUAUGCUUUGUAAGUCGCUCAUUUUUUAAUGCACUGUAGUCGUUAUGCUGUUGUAUCUCAAAUCAAUGUUUUGUGAAACCUACAAUUUGAAGUGGAAGCGAAGGGCCUGGAUCCAAAUGACUCGCAACAUCUUGCGCGUUACGCUUUGAAUAAAAAGAGAGAGCAUGGAGACGAGGCAAUAUUCUUACCUUCGGAAGCAACUAGUCACUGGAUAUUUCUUGAUUCCAAGUAAUAGAGUCUGUGAAUCUGCAAAGUAAAUAGUGAAUUUAUGGACUGUAUGACUCCCGGUAACUUACUUUUGGUAAAAAGACAUUCCUCAAAAAGGCUAACUUCUGCCGCAUCUAAACACGAAGCUCUUACUGUACCAAGUGAAAUUGUACCAUAUAUGGUCUAAGCUCAAAUUUAGUCAUUCAAACCAAAUGUUGUUGAUAAUCAAGAAGACUUCUGCUAUACUGUUAUAUAGGUCUUGAACUGUGUAAAUGUUUUUUUUAUAGCUAUACUAAAUAUAGUUUAGUACAAUGUAAAAUAUUUUAUACUGCCGAAUAGAGUCAU